AGUAUCGGUUUGGGAACGGGGAGAGACAGAUGCUACGAGAAUAUCUCCCAUUAACUGUCCCCCGUUUUUUUUUUUUUCUCUUUUUCUGUUUUUGCGUGUGUGUGUGCCCACGUCAAUGAACUGACCAUUAGGAUAACCACAAAGCAUAGUUCCCCCGGUGCUAUGAAGGCGUGGACUCCCAUUUGAAACGUGAAAAGUGAAAAAUAAUGUGGCCUUUGACUCGCGACUGGAAGAGUGACUGUUGCUGUGCCCCGUGGACCUGCUGCUGCUGCUGCUGCUGUGGCAGUGUGCGGUGCCUGUGGAGUGUGGUGCUUGGUGGAGGCGCAGAGCGAGGGAGGGGCGCGGCGCUGCUCUCCCGGGUAGAAAGCUGCUGAAGGAGAUGCCAUGCGCAGCCAGCCACCCCACCUCUCUCUCUCUCUCUCUCUCUCUCUCUCUCUCUCUCUCUCUCUCUCUCUCUCUCUCUCUCUCUCUCCUAUACGCAUAUUCCUCUCCCAGACCUUCAUCUCCUCCCCCUCCUCCCCUCCUCCAUUGCUCCAUCCACACUCCCUCCACUAGCCUCCACCGACCACCAGGAGGGAACAUGAGUCGUCCAGGUCGUCUUAACAAGGCGCUGAGUUGACGUGAGUGGGCAGAGGAAGAAGAAGUAGAAGAAGAGGAAGAGGAAGAAGAGGAAGAGGAGGAGAGGGAAGGAAGAUCUGAGCUGCGGAUAAGUAACAAGCUACACAUGCAGGAGACAGUGGCUGAGGCAUUUGUGAGGUGCUUCCAAUUGACACCAGAUGAGGUAGCCACCAUCAAGGGGUCCACCAGAGAGUCUCCCAUCACCCCAGAGUUCUUUACCAUCCUGGACAAGACACAGAAGAUACGCAGCAACACCAAGUACCUCCUGCAGACGGGCCACCAAAACACUGCCUUGGACGUGGUGGAGCAAAUGAACGUGUGCCGUGAAGCAGGUCUGGAGAGGCUGUACCGCUGGUGUCAGGGGCAGUGUUGCUCCCCAGACCCCUCACCUUUGCUCACACAAGCCUUAGCAGCUCUGCAGGAGAGACCAGUGCUUUUCAACCUGGUGGUGGAGGAGUGGGUGGUGGCGGUGAGACGAGGAUGGCUGGUGAGGGGCUACCUGGAUGCUCUCACCAUAGGAGAACCUGGAGGAGCACCACGACCCAUACAGCUGCAGGCACAUGACACCCCCCCCCUGCACUACAGGGGGGGGACAUACUGGCAUGGGUGCAUCAGGCCCUCCCUUCUGAACGUGAGGCGGCCCAAUCACUUUUUGUCAAGUGCUCCAAUCUAGACCCAACAGAGCAGACAAGGAGUACUGUGGCUAGCGUAUCGGAGAGUGUUUGCUGUCCUCCCAGAACCAGAAUUGAGCAGACGAUUGUGACAGACCAGCGUCGGGAGGGAGGCAAGAAACCCGUCAUGUUGUACAAGAUAAGCAACCUCCUCAGAUUCUAUCACAACACUAUUUUGCAGGUGACUGAUGCAGGACUGCUGGUGGCCACUCUUGAUGAACUCCACCAGCUAAGCUACAAGAUGUUUUUAUAUCAGGACUGCAGAGUCAAUUGAGCCAUGUGAGUGAGUGAGAGGAUAGAGCCGCCAGGAGAGACACUGGCACCCACACCUGGAGUGGCACGCACCCUGAGUCUGCUCACUGAGGUGGUUACUGCCGCCACUGUGGCUGACGACGCACACCAUGAUUGUAAGCAGAUUGUGAGUUGUGUGGUGGAUCCUCUGAUGAAUGCGAUAAGUGAGAGUGCAACUGGACUGGGUGCAGUGGAGUCUGCUGUGUAUCUGCUCAACUGCUUCCACCAGCUGCACUCUACACUUUCCCUCCUCCACACCACUGGGGAUAAACUAGAGAUGAUCCAGGGACAGAUUGACGCCCAGCUGGACACACUGAGCCAGGAGCAGAUCAAUGGGGUGUGUGUGUCAUAGCAUGGGAGUGGCCACCAUGUACCCACUGAUCACCAACCCUCCCACCACACCUCUCUCCCAGCACCCAUCGUGUCAGCCUUUGGCCAUACAGGCAUUCAUGACCAAGCUGGAUGGGUUCCUGGCUGCCCCUGACCAUCUCAUGCUGCCCCACACCAGGCUGCUGCUCUCCUCUUCCUUCAGACGGUCCCUGCAACAGCGCACAGCAGAGGCAGUGUGCACAGUUUACAAGCAGCUGCAUGAUAUAGUCCAUAACCCAACCCAUGGCUACACAGACCCCAGUUCCCUCCUGCCCAGUGACCCUGAGACUGUGAAAACCCUCCUCUCCUAGCAGGAAUGCUCUUGGCUGGGUCACUGUUGUUGAUUUGUUGAAGGUUUUGUCCUGAGUUGCCGAUACUCCUGGACCAGGAGCAGUCCCGAGCCAUCUGUAACAUUAAAAUGAAGAUCAAGAUCAUCGAGAUCAAAAUCAAGAUCAUGGCUGUCUUGCUCCGUUCGUCUUUCAUCCAAGCAUUGCUGCCAGUUUGUAGGUUAGCGGCACAACCAGCAUGCCCAACUCGACCACUUUGCCGAAAGCCACCAGAAGAUUGUGUGAGCAUGGUGGUGGUGAUGCCAGACCUGCUGCCACUGUCAAGAAUGGUGAAACUAAAGAAAAAUCAAUUAAAUCUCAGAAUCUGGAAACCCAGAUAGAAGACCAUAAGCCACUUCAGGGGACAGAGGGAAAGAAGACUGGAGAGUCUCACUCACAUGUCUUAAAACAUGAGUCCAGUGUAAAAGAGAAAGCUGCUGCAGAGAAACAAGACAAGAAGACAUCUAGCCACAAGAAACUACAUGAUCUUCUUUCAUCUUUGGCUAGUACUGACCCCACAUUCCUGUGGAGCCUCAAGUGCAGCUGUCACGUCCCAAAGCUCGGAAGAAGACCAAAACUGCAGGAAAAGGCAAAUUAUCCCCGGUAUCAGAGCCUGACCUUGGUGAGGACUGUACUUGUACCCUCAUUACUAACCUGAGCUUGUUUUAGCAACCAAAGAAGUGGCUAAAAGUCUUGGUGGGGAUGUGAAGGAAACUGAGUCUGAGCUUCUGUCCACCUUGCGCCUCCACUCUUCAGAGACUACCACUGGCACUGCCCCAUCUCUCAGUGAAAUUGUUUGUGGGCAUGAAGGUGGAGAGAAAGCCACAAUCAGGGAUGAAGGAAGUGCCACGUCACCUUCCUUCUGGUACCGAGGUCAGGCAAGGGUACCACGUUGACCCGAAAGACCAGCCCUGAGCCCUCAAGCCCUACACUCAGCCUCGGGAUUCAUCUGUGCCCAGGUCACAGUGUUUUCUCUACACCACACUCUAUGUGCAGGGCUCAUGUUGAUCUCUUUGGAGGUCAACCUUUGGGGAUAUUUAAGAAAAGGGAAGAAGAUACCCAUGGACCUGCUGCUCCAAUAUCAGUGUUGCCCACAUGGGAGAGAUUGUACCUACAUGAGCUGGAGCAGAGUAUGCAGCAUCCUCCUAGUAAUGCCUUUGUGGAGAUGAUACAGUGGACUAAGCAAGGCAAGCUGUGGACCUUCCCCAUUGAUAAUGAAGCAGGUUUGGUGGAGGAAAUGAAAGUGGGAUUCCAUGAGCAUGUCUUCCUUGAGAGACACUUGGAAGGAUGGUGCCCAAAACAUGGCCCCAUCAGACACUUCAUGGAGCUGGUUUGCACUGGACUCUCAAAGAAUCCUCAUCUAACUGUGGAGCGAAAACAAGCUCAUAUUGAAUGGUACAAGAACUACUUCAACCAAAAAGAGAAUUUGCUUAAAGAGUUGGGAGCUAUAGAGGUUUCAUAAUUACAAUUGGACAAUGCUGAGUAUUUCAAGGCAAGUUGCCAUUCAUGUUUCUCUUGUAGAAUUUUAUUAUUGUAAAUUUCAGGUUUUAUGCACAAUGGAUGCAUGCAGUAUUUGCUGGUGGAUUAGAUACACCUCCACAUCACACCCAUAUUUUAAAAGGAGAUUUUGAAAAAGAGAAAAUUUAUUGUGUUUUGAGAGGGGGAGGGGGGGGAAUUCAUCAUCUGACACAAAUGAUUGCUUUGCCACAACCGAACCAAGUCUUUGAUAAAUAGUGUUCAGUGGACUACUUCUGAACACAGAUCACCCCAUAUCCCCUUAACCACAUUUCACUACCUCUUCUGUGUUCUGUAUUAGAUGCAGGGUAUUUUUUAUUUAUUUUUUUUCCCAUCUAAUCCACUAGAAAAUACAGCAGAUGCCUGAAGACCUUGUAAAUAAUCAGAAUAUUUGAUA